AUGGCGGAGACUUUCGCAUUCAACGCGGACAUCCAGCAGCUGAUGAGCUUGAUCAUCAACACCUUCUACUCCAACAAGGAGAUCUUCCUGCGUGAGCUCAUCUCCAACGCCUCGGAUGCUUUGGACAAGAUCCGCUACGAAUCGAUCACUGAUCCAGACAAGAUCGAGGCAACGUGGGGAAUCAUCCCGGACAAGACCAAUUCGACGUUGACCAUCGAAGACUCCGGCAUCGGCAUGACCAAGAAC